AUGUCCACUACAAAUGCUUCAGCAGCCGGUGUUCCCUGGGUUGAACGCUAUCGACCCAAGUCAUUGAAAGACGUCUCUCACCAAGGCGAAGUUGUUGCGACUCUGCAGAAUGCGGUCACCACUGGUCGUCUUCCGCAUUUGCUGUUCUAUGGGCCUCCCGGAAGUGGAAAGACUUCCGUGGCAUUGGCAUUGUGCCGACAACUGUGGCACCCUUCUCAAUGGCGGAAACGCGUUUUGGAACUGAACGCCAGUGAUGAACGUGGAAUCUCUGUGGUCCGUGACAAAAUCAAGCAUUUUGCAAGUCUUUCUGUGGGACAAGUCAAUGUACCAGCCAAGCGCAACUUCUUUGGUGGCCCAAAAGAGGACGAGAAAAAAACGAUGGACGAAGAUGACGAGCAAGAGUAUCCUAAUCCACCCUUUAAGAUUAUCAUCCUGGAUGAGGCGGAUACAGUGACUGCAGAUGCUCAAGCGGCACUUCGAAGAAUCAUUGAAGCUAACUCGAGAAUUACUCGAUUCAUCUUGAUUUGUAACUAUGUGACAAGAGUGAUUGAACCACUGGCUUCUCGUUGUGCCAAGUUCCGAUUCCAAUCUCUCCCUCCACAUAGUAUGAAGAUGCGUUUGAAUGAAAUUGCUCAAAAUGAAGGCUGCUCGGUUACCGAUUCUCAUUUGGACUCGAUUUUGGAGCUUGCCGAAGGAGACAUGCGACGUGCUGUCACAACUCUCCAAUCGGCUCAUGCAUUGGGGAGCAUUGACGAUCAAGCAGUCGCAGAAUUGGCUGGGGUACCGCCAGCCUCGGAAGUGGAAAAGCUCAUUCAAGCUUUGCAUUGCAAUGAAUUUGAACCCAUGCGACAAGCUGUUGACGACAUUUGUGCCGAAGGAUAUGCGGGUCAACUUUUACUCAAGGUUUUGCUGGAAAAAUUUAUGGAUGCGGAUGACUUGGACGAGAUGGGACGCGCCAGGUUGGCAAUCCGAAUAGCCGAAGCGGAACAUCGCAUGAUUGAUGGGGCCGAUGAAUACUUGCAACUCAUGACUGUCUGUGGCUUGGCCAUGCAAUGCAUCCAAGCCAAGAAAGUAGCAAUGGAAGAAUAA